AUGGCGAUCGAAGCCAAACAGCGCGACCAUGACCUCUUAUCAUUCAUGUCCACUUUCCUCAUUACGCAUCAGCGCCUGGACUUAUCCCUGACUCUGCUUAGCGUCCUCAUCGACGACGCAAGUAUUGACGUUCAAGUACGCUCCAACAAAGGCGGUUACUUCUCAGUCUGCCUUGCAAGAUCAAAAGAUCUUCUAGAGGCCCGCUUCCUCAAUCGCAAUGAUGGCAUAUUGCCAGAUGCAAGAAAUCUUCCUGAGCUUGUUGCUGUCAAGAUUCCGCGGCCAGAUGGUGAUUUAAACAGUGCCCGCAGUCGCAAGAUGUGGUCUUCCAUGGCGAUGGAGCUGCAGAUUUUGCGAAACAAGUUUAUCAAGAACCAUCCGAAUGUCGUGCAAUUAUUAGGUAUUUGCUGGAAAUCCGUCAAAGAUGGAGUGUUGAUGCCUUCAUUUGUACUUGAAGCAGCAGAAAUUGACCUGGAAAAGUUCUUGGACAACCCCAAAGCGCUGGAGUAUCGCAAGGUAUUGGGUCUUGCUGUUGAUAUCGCGACUGGGGUUCGGGCGCUGCAUGAUGUUGGAAUCAUUCAUGGCGACAUAAAACCAGCCAACGUCCUUAUCUUCAAGGAUCCCCAACUCACGUAUAUCGCCAAAAUUGCUGACUUUGGAUCAUCCCUCCUUCGAUCAGAUAUCAAAUCUCCCAUGAAGCUCCCAUUUGGCUCAGGGUUCUGGCAAGCACCUGAAUGCCGAGACCAUCUAGACGGCGACCAGCUUACCAAAGCGGAUAUAUACUCUCUCGGUCUGGUAUUAUGGCGACUACUCGCUGGAGACAUGAUGCAUUUAUCACUAGACGCAGUGAAGGAUAAAGGACUGACGAGAGAUGCGUUCUUCAAACAGAUGAAACGAAAUGACGAGUUGAGAAUUCCAGCUUUGGUGCAUCAUUGCAUUAUGGGCUUGGAAGAUAUCCUCGGCCCCGACGAGAAAGCAGAGCCCUCGAGAAGCAUGUACUCGAUCCACAAGAUAGUUGACGACAUGGCAUCUGUUAUUAUGAUGACAUUAGUUCAGCCGAAGUCGCGAUCCAGUAUCAAAGCACUACUAGGGAACCUACGAAUCGUCAUGCAUCAGUAUCUCAUAUGGGAAGAGUUCCGUAGCAUCUAUUCCGAUGACUUCAAAAAGAGUGGAACUACUAAAAUGAACCCUCAAGAGCAGGACAUAUGGCUCCAGCCAGGCCUUGACGAGCCAACCGAGGACGAUAUCAAGAGAGUUCUACGCCUAGGAAGGUCGACGGAGUGGCUAAAUCAGUCUUUCAGUCGCAUUAAACUAGGGGGUUCGGUUUCAGAUGUCCCUGGAAUGGAUGAUAUACCUGAGAGUGUUGCCGCUACUCAUGUUGCCGAAACUUGGAAGCGAUGGAGAAAAUUAAGAGAUCCGAAGCCCGAUGAGGCGAUAACCCUUCGGCAGGGAAGAGCCGUUCUAGAGGCAGACUCAUCCAUGGGAACACUCAGGGUCUUACCGCCCGAGAUCAUAAGCAACGUUAUGCGAGAAGUAAAGAAAGUCGCGAAAGAUCCGAGAGAGGAACAAGCUCGUCGUACUGAGGCAGCAUGGCAAUACGCAAUGUUUUAUCUUCGAACCGUUCAGCUGCACCCCAAAAACCAAGGCACAAUCGAUGAAUCACUCUCACUGCUUCUUCAAGCAGCAGAAGGAGGGCACUGCGGGGCUCGCGGGAUUGUUAGCCACCUGCACGACUCCCUGAAUCGGGACUUUCCAAGGUCGAGAGAGGUUGAGCUAGCAUGGCUGAGGGAUGGUGUUUGCCACGGAAGUGAGACUGCGAAACGUCGCCUGCAGUCUCUAGACCCAGACUUGUAUACCCAAGCAAUCGACCUACUGCGUACACGGUAUUCCGGUCUUGGAUUUGAAACCCCACCACAAUACUGGGAUCAAGAGACACUCUCGGAUGACGAACUAUUUCGCGAGACUCGAAUCCGUCACCGGAUUGGCAUGGAGGCUAAUCAAGAGCAGACUGUACUUCUCUGCACAACAUCCAACCGUCUUCAGCUGUUAAAACAAUUGACCGAACAUGGCUUUGUCAACGUAAACCACGUCAACGAAUGGAAUGAGUCUCCUCUUCUAUGGGCUUCAAGAGCAGGGCACAGAGACGUCGUCUUUCAUCUGCUGGAUUGCGAUGCUGAUCCCUCGGUCGCUAGUGACGAAGGGACUACUCCACUUCACUUUCUCAGCUCCUUUGAUGACGAGGAUAUUCUUGAGGUGUGUCGACGACUGAUUAAGGCUGGCGCAGAUCUGGAAGCUCGUUCAAAGGCUGGACAUCGAUAUCGGCGAGGCCUGGAUUCAACGUACGGUGAUGUUGAUGGAACGCCAUUGACAUGGGCCGUGGCAGCGAAUAAUAGAGUCGCAGCCCAGGUUUUGGUCACUUCUGGUGCUGAUCCGUUUGAUCUUCCCGGUCUAGAGGUUUCGUACUCUGAUACCUUUGGUGGCAUGUCCCACGUCUCCCCUGUCUGGCUCGCUGCGAUGAACCAUCAAUACUACAUGCUCAAGAUCCUGUUAAAAACUGUAACCAAAGAGAAAAUCAAGGAUUUUCUCAACAAGUACCGACGGAAGUUUGGGUCGAACGACAUGUCUGGACAUGACAACCCCAUUAUCGCUUGGUGCGUAACUUAUGCUGCUCAAGGCAUAGGUAGAAGAAUUCUCUUACACGGUAAACAGCAUCAAGAAGCGUUUACGAAGACUUUCGAUAUGUUGGUAGACUACGGCGCUGAUACAGACGACAUCCACCGACUGGCCGUUCAACACGGGCAGCCAUUCGUGCUGGACUAUAUUUUCGGUUCUGGAAAGAUACCGAAGCCAACGCCACGGAAGUGGAUGGAGUAUAUUCUGAUAGCAGGGGCGACACAAGAUUGGAUCACAUUUGAUGUGCUGCUUCGUCACUCACAAGCAGAUAAGCUAUCACCAGAACAGUGGCAUCUUUACUACGGGUCUUUCACGGGUUUGCCGAACCAUAUUGAGUAUUUGGACGUAUUCAGGAAACACAGAGACCCGAAAACAGACUACUACCUUCAUUACACCAAGGCCCUCAUGAGCGGCAAGUUCAUCCUCGCUCGGUGGUUUCACGACACCGGUCUGUGUGAUCUCACACAGCAAGUCAGUACAGCAGACGAGACAAUUCUGGGCUUACUCCUCCGUCGUUGUAAAUCUUACUCCAACGCUACUCUUCAGCUCGAACAAGUCUUACAGCUGGAUCUUCCCGACUCAUGUUUCUGGAACGUUUGUAAGAUGUCUGACUCCAGCUUCACUGCGCUUCAUCAAGUUGCAUAUUUCCCUGAGUAUCAGACCAGUAGUACUAUGGCCAACACAGCGCUGAGACUGAUCGUGCAGAAGUGGUAUGAGCCAGAAUAUCUCAACGCUCAAGUCACAGAGGGGGAGUUCAAAGGGAGGACGGCACUGCACAUAGCCGCACUGACAGCCAAUGUCGGGGCUGUUCGGUACUUACUCCAAGAGGAGGAAGAGUCCCUUGACCUUACACUUCUGGACUGCAACAGCUUUAGCAUCGUCGACACAGCAGCUUGGGGAUUAAUGAGUCAACAAGGUCGCAUUAAACUAUGGGAUCUUCCUACAGAGUAUCACAAGUCUGCUGAUUUAGAUCACUGGCGAAGUGUCAUGGAGAUCCUCGUGCGGCUGCUGAAGGCCGGGGCCAAGCCCAAUAAGAUUGGUCUUGCUGUGACGAGGACUGAACAGGAGAAGAUCCAGGUUUUUGACCUUGAGAAGUUUAAAGUCUUUACUGUUCCGUUUCUGUUCUUUGGAGACAAGUUCCCCGAGGAAUUGGGAGAGGAGAGAUUCUGGGUUGAGGUUUCGAAGCUCAAGGUUGAUCAGACGUUUUUUAUUGCGAGUGCCGAGAAUCUGAGCGAUGAGGAGAGAGAGGCUGGAGUUAUGACAAGGGUGGCGUCUUUCUACUAA